ACUCGCUCUCUCGGUACUCCGCGGUCCGGCAAGCGGCGGGGCGGCGCGGAGGGCUGGGCGCUCCUGCCAAAGAGGCUGCGCCGCCCGCCCGACUUCGUGCCCUCUGAGCGGCCGGGGCGGCGGCGGCUCUCCUCCACGCCAUGGACUCGGAUUCCGGGGAGCUGAGCGAGGGGGAACUGGUCUCCGCCGCAGGUCCUGAUCAUUUUAGUUCCAAAAAUCUUGCUUUACAAGCCCAGAAAAAGAUUUUGAGCAAGAUGGCUAGCAAGACAAUGGCCAGUAUGCUGAUCGAUGACACCAGCAGCGAGAUCUUUGAUGAGUUAUACAAAGUGACCAUAGAGCACCUGAAAAGCAAGAAAGAAGCGCACAAAAUUAUGAAAGACUUGAUCAAAGUCGCCAUCAAGGUUGGGAUUCUCCACCGGAACAACCAGUUCAAUGCAGACGAGCUGGAGGUUGUUGAGAAGUUCCGCAAGAAACUGAAUCAGGCGGCCAUGACUGUGGUCAGUUUUUACGAGGUGGAGUACACGUUUGAUAAGAACGUUCUUUCAGGACUCUUGAACGAGUGCAAAGACCUUGUGCAUGAACUCGUGGAGCGGCACCUGACAGCCAGGUCCCAUGCGCGGAUCAAUCACGUCUUUGAUCACUUUGCAGCUGUUGAAUUCCUGACUGCCCUCUAUAGCCUUGAUGGGGAAUGUCGUCCACACCUCAAAAAAAUCUGUGAUGGAAUCAACAAGCUACUUGACGAGAAAGUCCUCUGAAACUUGCCUUUACAAAAUUUUUAACGAACAGAUCGAAUUGAGGGAUGCAAACAAAGUUGGGAAAGGAAUACAAGAGCCUGCUUCUUUCAUAUCACUCACCCGCCCACUCCAAGAAAAUACCUUGGUAACAAAAUACCGUUUUUCUGGAACACUUGCCAUCCAGUUUGUAACGAAGAGCCAUCAGAAGUGAGAUGUACUUCAGCCAGCAAAUAAAACUGAUCCUUUUAGUACAGAGAACUGUUUACAAUGCAAAAGAAAUCGUGCAUAUUAUUGGCGUUGGAACUCAGCACUGCAAAAAUAAAUCUGAAGAUCUGUUUCAAAGAGCAAAUAAAACUGCCUACAUUUUCAUUGUAGACGGGAACUGUAAAGUGAAAGAGCGAGCUCCGAACUUUGUUUUAAAAGAACAGUCUUCUGGCUUACAUGUAAUCCAGACUGAAGACCAAAAUGAGAAGAAACUCUAGAUGCUGGAAACAAAACUCAAAGCACAAACUGAGAUUUGCUUUUAAGGGGUAUAGUGUUCCACUGAGAAUAAUGGGAAAGUUGGCAUGAUUCUCUUACUGAAGUAUGAGCUAAAGACUCUUAAAGAGGAACUAUUAAAAAAGGCUCAUUCGAUAUUGGUAAAGUCCUUACCCACUGCUGCAGUUAGUACCAAAGGGAACAAAGUUUGGUUCUAGAGCAGAGGAAGGUAGAAACUGACCCUGGGCC